CCUCUCAUUAACCCCCCGUUUCCUCCACACCUCUUUGUUUACACCUUCAGGCCGGUCAAGUCCGGGCAGAAGUGUGGCAGCUCCGCAGACCUCACUUUGUCCUCGUUGCAGGAAAAUGUUUCUUUCUGUGCUCGGCUUUAUUUUGCUCUCUGGGGUUUCACAUUCUUCUGAAACCAUGGCUCCGGAGCCGCAGUCUCUCGGGUUUAGUUCCUCGGUCCGCUCAGUGUGUAAACCCAUUCCGAGCACUCUUUCUCUGUGCCACGGGAUCGGCUACAGACAAAUGCGGAUCCCUAACUUGCUCGGCCACGAUACCCUGAAGGAGGCCCAGCAGCAGUCGGCGGCCUGGCUGCCCCUCAUCUCCAAGCUGUGCCACCGGGACACCAAGAAGUUCCUGUGCUCCCUGUUCGCUCCGGUGUGUCUCCCGGAGCUCAGCGGGCCAGUCAGCCCCUGUAGGAGUCUGUGCGAGGCGGUGCGGGACGGCUGCGUGCCCGUGAUGAGUGCGUUCGGGUUCCCCUGGCCAGAGAUGUUUAACUGCAGCCGGUUCCCGCGCGGGACCGGCCUCUGUAUCGCGGCAACCGGUGAGCACGAGGGGAGGACUCCCGAAGAGGUCAGGCACGAAGAGGCGUUGAAAGGCAGUGUUAUCUGUGAUGCCUGCAGUCUGGCUGCAGAAGGAGAGACUGACAUCCAGGAAAACUUCUGCAACAGUCCAUAUGCCUUUAAGAUGCGUCUGGGCAGUGUGUCGACGGUGGGAGGAGACCGUCAGCUUGUGCCUAUGGCCCGCAGCCGAAUCCUAAGAUGGGCAGGGGGAGGUGCAGAGAGGGCAGAGGGGAUUGGGGGCGCAAUGGCCCACAGCGCUUUGUGGCUCCAAGAAGGAGGCACCUGUGCUUGUCCUGGUUUAGACUCUGCAGAGACGAACACAAACAGAGGGCUGCAGGAAGACCAGAUGGAUAAGAGACCUGGAAAAGAAGAAGGAAAGCAGGGUAAUGGGGCCCCGGGCGGGUGGUACUUGGCGUUGGCUCAGGCUGAAGAGGGAAGACUGGUGUUGACUCGACUGGUGAGGUGGAGCAGAGGGGACAAAGAGCUGAAGAAGUUUAUCAGAGCUCUUAUUAAACAGCCUUGUAAAGAGCUGUAGACGGGGACUUAUCAAACUGCAUGCAUGGCUAUAAGCAGCUAAUAUAAAAACAAGUGGAAUACCACUGAGUAAACCAUAUGAAUGCAGAAGAUACAUUUGAAAGGAACAGUUGUUAAAAGAUCAGCUAAUAUACCAGCAAGUCUGCAUAAUGGCCACUUUCUUGAAUCAUCUUUAUUCUUCUGUAAAUCACACACAGGAUGGAAGUAAUGUUAAGGCAUUAUUAAAAAGUUACUACAGCAUGUAAAGAUUAUUAUUGAGGUUUUUUGUAUUUUUGUGUACAUUUGUCUAUAUAAAAGAGAACAUGUUACCAAUUAGUCAAAGUGCUGAGUAGUUGUAUUAAAAAUUGCAAGGAUGGUGGCUUUUCUCAUUACAAAUAUUCCAUUAAAACAUCAUGUACAAGU